CUGGUUGUUGUGUUUCAUUUCCGCAUUGUGUAGUUGUCAGUGACUUGGUGUAGGUGUAAAUAUUCGUGUGAAGAUUUGACGUGCGCGUUGGGAAGGCAGCGAAAAUGGAUCUCCCAGAAGCCAACGCCGUCCCUCAGCCCCAGCCAUCCAACCCCCUGCAGGCUGGCAAGAUGGCGGCUACCGUCACCCUGGAGGACGCCCUGUCCAACGUGGACCUGCUGGAGGAGCUGCCCUUACCAGACCAACAGCCUUGCAUUGAGGCCACGGCAGUCUCCAUCACCUACCAGGCCAACUUUGACACCAACUUUGAGGACCGGACGGCGUAUGUUACUGGCAUGUCCAAGUAUAUUGAGGAGGCCACGGUCCACUCGGAACUGAAUAAACUUUUGGAGGAAGGGGAGAGCUAUGCCGUCAAUCUGUACACAUGGAGAAGCUGCUCCAGGGCUAUGCCCGCUAUCAAAUCCAAUGACCAGAGCAACAGAGUGGAGAUCUAUCAGAAGUUUGUGGAGGUCAUUGAGCCGGAGGUCACCAAACUGGUCAACUUCAUGUACUUCCAGCAACGAGCAAUUGAUGCCUUUUGCCGGGACGUCAAGAGGCUGUGCCACUCAGAGAAGAAGAACGACUUUGUGUCUGAGUCCUACCUGCUGACGCUGGGCCGGCUCAUCAACAUGUUUGCCGUGCUGGACGCCCUCAAGAACAUCAAGGCCAGCAUCAGGAAUGACUACGCCGCUUACAGAAGAGCCGCCCAGUUCCUGCGGGUGAUGGCUGACCCACAGGCCUUGCGCGAGUCCCAGGAGGUGGUCAUGUUCCUGGCCAAUAACGACAAGAUCACGCAGACACUCAAGGAGAACCUGGUCAAGAUCGACGGCUACGAGGAGCUGUUGAUGGACAUCAUCAACCUGUGCGUGGAGAUGUAUGAGACCCGGCACUAUGUGGUGCCCAGCGAGAAGCACAUGCUGGUCAAGGUGAUGGCCUUUGGCUUGUAUCUGUUGGACACCAAGGACAUGGUCAACAUCUACAAGCUGGAUCAGAAGAAGAAAAUUUGCCUCUCCAGAAUUGACAAGAUAUUCAAGCAACUGGAGGUGGUCCCCCUCUACGGCGACAUCCAGAUCCCUGUCUUCUCCUACAUCAAGAAGAGUCCCAACUACGAGGCCCACAAGUCGGUCUGGAGCUGCGACUCGGGCAACACCUCCCAGUACAACCUGCUUGAGCACCUGGUGUCUAUCCGGGAGGACCACACCCGCUACAUCAGCCAGCUGGCCCGACACAGCAACAAGGAAGUGACCACCGCAUUGAAAGACACCAAUCGUUCAGAGGCGGAGAACAAGGCACUCUACAGCCUGGCGCUGAAGGGGCUCUGUCUGCUCUCCAAGUGGACCUCGCUCGUCACUGAGCUGUUUUCGUGGAAACUCAUCCAUCCCGCUGACAAGCGCACCAAUCCCAAGAUUCCUGACACUGCUGAGGAAUACGAGAAGGCGACGCGCUACAACUACAGCAGCAGCGAGAAGUUCGCCCUGAUCGAGGUCAUCGCCAUGAUCAAAGGGCUGCAGGUGCUAAUGACGCGCAUGGAGAGCGUGUUCCAGGAGGCCAUCCUGCGCACCACCUACGCCGAGGUGCAGGACUUCACGCAGAAGACCCUGCGCGACGCCCUGCGCACCGCCGUCAAGAAGAAGAAGAACCUUAUCAAAACGAUCAUCCGUGCGGUGCGCGAGACCUGCUGUGACUGGGUCAACGGGCUGGAGCCCAAGGACGACCCCUGUCUGAAAGGGGAGAAAGACCCCAAAGGAGGCUACACCAUUAAGGUGGGACGGAGGACGGUUGGACCCUCUAGCACGCAGCUGUACAUGAUGCGCACCAUGCUGGAGUCACUGAUAGCCGACAAGGGAGGUACGGGCAAGAAGACACUGCGCAAGGAGCUGGACGGACCCUCCCUGGAAGCCAUUGAUGACUUCCACAAGAAGACCUUCUUCUACAAGCAUCUCCUCAACUUCUCAGAGACACUCCAGCAGUGCUGCGACCUGUCUCAGCUCUGGUACCGGGAGUUCUUCUUGGAGAUGACCAUGGGAGAGCGAAUUCAGUUCCCCAUUGACAUGUCAAUGCCGUGGAUCCUGACGGAUCACAUCUUGGAGACCAAGGAUCCCGCUAUGAUGGAGUACAUCCUGUACCCGCUGGAUUUGUACAGUGACAGUGCCCAGUACGCCCUGACGAGAUUCAAGAAGCAGUUCCUCUAUGAUGAGAUUGAGGCGGAGGUCAAUUUGUGCUUUGAUCAGUUGGUCUACAAACUCAGCGACCAGAUCUUUGCCCACUACAAGGCCCUGGCUGCAAGCAUCGUGUUGGACAAGCGUUUCCGUACUGAGUGUGAGACCUACGGCAUCAGCAUUCCCUACCCGCCGGCCAACCGCUACGAGACCCUCCUGAGACAGAGGCACUUACAGUUGCUGGGUCGUUCGAUUGAUCUGAAUCGCCUGAUCACGCAGAGAAUCAGCACGGCCAUGUACAAGAGCCUGGAGAUGGCCAUCAUUCGCUUCGAGAGCAGCGACUUGACAGGCAUUGUGGAGCUGGAUUGUCUCCUGGAGGUCAACCGCCUGACCCACUCCCUUCUCAGCAAGCACAUGAAGCUGACCAGCUUUGGCUCCAUGCUGCGGGAGGCCAACCACAACGUCAUGGCGCCCUACGGCCGCAUCACGCUGCACGUCUUCUGGGAGCUCUGCUCUGACUUCAUAGUGUCGUUCUGCUACAACGGCUCCACAGAGAGGUUCGUACGUACCAAGCUGGCCUUCGCCCAACCACAGAACAGGGACAAGCCGCCGUCGUCCUCCCCAUCCUACAUCUAUGGGACCAAGUUACUGAACACGGCCUUUGCCACGGUCAACAGCCUCUACAGCUCGUUCAUAGGGAUUCCACACUGUCGCUGCAUUGCACGGUUGCUAGGUUACCAGGGUAUCGCUGUUGUCAUGGAGGAGCUCCUGAAGGUCAUCAAAAGAUCGAUAAAUGACUACAUCUUGCCGUACGUAAACAUCCUGAUGGACGUCAUGCCCAAGACGUGCCGGCUUCCGAGAUUUGAGUACGGCACCAAAGGUGUGGUAGCCUACUACUCGGCCCACCUGCAGGACAUCGCCCAGUACGCUGACCUCAAGAUGAACCUCUUCCACAACUUCCAGGAGGUGGGCAACGCCAUCGUCUUCAUGAAGAUGAUGGAACAGUGCCUGGCCGUGGAGGAGGUGUGCGACCUCCUUCAUGCCUCACCCUUCCAGAACAUCAUCCCCAAGCCGCACGUCAAACAGGGUGAGAAACUGGAGAACAAGCUGAAGAGACUGGAGAUGAACUAUGCCCCGCUGCAGGUGGUGCCCGUGGUGGAGAAGAUGGGAACGCAGGAGCAAAUUGCCGAUGCCAGAGAGGGCGACCUCCUGACCCGCGAGCGCCUGUGCUGUGGACUGACCAUGUUCGAGAUUGUCCUGAACCGCAUCAAGGGCUUCCUGACGGACCCCGUCCUGACCGGGCCGGACCCGCCCAAUGGCGUUAUGAACAUCGACGAGUGCUCCGAGUUCCACCGGCUGUGGAGUGCCUUCCAAUUCGUGUACUGCCUACCUCUGAAGGAGAACAACUUCACACCUGAAGAGAGUUACGGCGAGGGGCUGAACUGGGCCGGCUGUACCCUGAUCACACUGCUGGGCCAGCAGAAACGCUUUGAAGCCCUGGACUUCUGCUACCACAUCCUGCGCGUACAGAAAGUGGACGGAGUGGACGCGGACAUCAAUGGCAUUCCCAUUGGAAGGCUGGUGGACCGUAUCCGCAAGUACCAGAUCCUGAACAACCAGAUCUUUUCGGUACUGAACAAGUACCUCAAGGCCAACGAGAGCGAGAGCUCACCGGUGGAGAAGAUUCGCUGCUACCAGCCACCCAUCCAUCAGUCGGUCAUCGACGGAGGCAUGUAGAAACGCCAAAUAAAAAGAAAGCCAUCCGGAAUUGCUGUUCUCCCGCGGAGCCCAUUGUUCAAGGCAUUCCAUUCCUCGAGAUCAAAUCUAGCCUUUUCCAGUUGGCCAUUAAAUUAAUGAUCGGCAUCUACUUUCAGAUUUUUAUGAUCUUGGACUUCAGCUCAAGAGCAUGCAGUGACUGGUCACAUUAGGGAACCAAAAUUUGUGUAGCUUGUUUUCACUGUACAUACCUCCUGCUUAUGCAAUGCGAUGUUUUACCUUAUUGCGAUAUGCCCACCCAUAUUACAUGUACCUGGCAAUAAUAACUGGCCUCAGCUUGUAUGCCUUGCUGCGACUAGCACCCUACACCAGUAACUACACUUCUGUUUCGUAAUGUAUCUAGCGAUAUUUUGAGUGAUGAUUGUACAUUUGGUUGGGUUUUUGUGCGUGGGAAGUCAGCACCACUUGAUCAGAACACAAGAUUUUGUUGACAUUAGGCACGUUUUGUACCUGAAACCUCCUUUAAAAAAAGAACGCCAGAGCUCACAUACAUCCAUGUAAUAUAUUCCACAGAUUUGCCCUUCACUUUUUUACACGGAAUUACGUUAAUUGCCCAAGGAUAUUUCAAUGAAUAAGUCGUUAAGGGCUUAAAAUCACAUAUAUUGUGAAGCAUAGGAAACUUAGAUAGAAAUGCUGAGGACUAGUGUUUCAUAUUAUUCAUGUGCUGAAUGUAUGUUUCUGUUACCUUGCAUGGCGCAUAUUUAUUCAUGGUAUCUAGAUUGAAGGAUACCUUACAGUUAUGUUCAUGUGGGUGUUUGUAUAUAAUAAAGUGAUCAGUUACCCUGUUUAUAUUCCCACUGUUUUGUCAUAAUAUUCAGAAAUUUGUAAUUUUUGAGUCCCUUUUUAAAUUAAGUGGAAAACAGAAUUUAUUUUAACCUAAACUUUUCGAUCUGUGCUUUCAUAACUACUUACUAUUAAACAUCAAGCAUGCGUAUUUUUUUUGCAUGUAUAGUGUGAGAGGACGUUCUGUCUGCAUCCUUGGCCUCUGUUGCUUACUUUAGACCUUUGUAGUGAGGAGAUGUAGGGGCUGUACAUUUUCAGGACUUUUCUGGAUACAUGUUGAAAUUCAAAGUGUUUAUUAAAAAAGGGAAACCUUCAAGCUGCAGUCGUAAAGACGCUAGCUUAAUUGACACUGUGAUGCAAAGCCAAAAACAGGAAUCUCUUUGAUGCAAAGCCAAAGACAGGAAUCCCUUUCAUUUAGUUCAAACUUUGAAAGGUCUAUUAAAUUAAUGAUUCUGGGGUGAAAGUCGAAGGGCCUUUGAGAAUGAAUAGGCUUUAAGCGAAAAUUUGUUGCUCUCAGAGUUAAGACAUUGAUCGACGUUCAUGUUUCUAUACAAGUAUAAGUUACUUGAGGAAAAGGGAAGGUCUGUAGCAACAAUCUGAGAAAUGAGGAUUAAUGACCAAAUGAGACUACUACUAAUUUAAAGCAUACUUUCUGUAGCCUGCAUUCAUUAAUUCUUUGUGUACAUGUACAUAAUGAAAUUUGUAUUUUCAAAUUAUGUCAUGUAUGUUGACAUAAAAGAGCAGUAACUGUUGCAAAAUCUGGAAAUGGUAGAGUUGUUUGUCAUUUUGUCAACCUUUUAAUAAUUAACAUAAAAGGGUCGAUAUGUAUCAUGUAUUGUUGAAUAUUGGUGAAGUUCAGUUUCCAAAUAAAAUAAUUUUCAAAUGAU